UCUUAGAAAUUCAUUUUUAAAACAACCAAUAAUGCUCUGUAGAUUCUGGUUUUUUGGCUGCACAUUGACUGUACUCCUAUACUUUAUCUGCCUUUUUUUUAAUUUGUUUCGAAUUUGUUUAAGCCUUUGUUUUAGCAUAUUUGUUAGCUUUGUUUUUUCCAACUUUUGUAUGAGUUUUCUUUUUACUCUUUCCCUACCUGCUCAUACAAGGCUUUAAUGGUUAUCUUCUAUGCUUAAAUACUACAUCUAACUGGUGGUUCUAAAGCGUACUCUCCGGGUUUGAGUGUAGACCAGUACUUUGUACUCUAAUAUAUAAUUGAGGAUUUGACACUGUACUUUGUACCAUACAAGUUCUUCUGCUUUGUACUUUGGAAUUAUGUUUUAACUCUUUAAACUUGUACUUUUAACUCUUUAAACUUGUAGUUUCAACU